AUGCUCGGCAUGCGUCUCACCUCCAAUGGACAAUCGCAGCUCACUUUCGACGAGGUCAAUGGCCAGCAGGCACCAGUCCUGAACCUGGAGCUCACGUUGCAGCUCCCGGUCUUGAACCUCUUGAAGGUGUUGGGAAACCACCGCGUCGAUGCUCCCGACAGUGGAAAUACCGGGAAGGAGCACGACGUGCCGAAGGACAAGCCUGUACCAGAAGUGAGGCCUCAGCAUGAUUCUCCAGCGUCCGAAACGAAGGAGGAAGAAGAAGACGGGCCUCUUGAAGACGACUUGGAUGGGUCUGACUCUGAUGGUCCUGGUGCUGAAGCCUCUGAGGGUGUCUGGGCGGAGGACAGUGCCCAGGAUUUUGCCGAGCUCUGGGCACGGCCGAUGCAGGCAGACAUGGCAUACAUGGCCAAUUGGCAGCCACUGCCAAACCGCGAACUCCGUCUCGAGGACCUUUCGAAGACGAAGCCCCAAGCUGAUCAGACAGAAAGCUUGGGUUUGGACAGCAGGCUCUGGCUGGAAGUCCUAGAUCAGCUCCAGCAGAUGUGUAAGAGUAUUGUCUCCUCCAACGAGUUCCACGUGGCCGUUUUGCAGUCACAGGAGAGGCUUUCAUCCAAAAUGCGUGACUUCACGCUUUCAUUGGGCGACCGCAUGCAGAAUCUCUCAAUCAACAUGAAAUCCCAAACUGCAGGGAUCGCCCGACGUGUGGAAGCCUUGACAGACAGCGUAGACUCUUUACCACAGCCAUCCUCAAGCCAUUUCUGGGGCCCGAAGGCUACGGCGCCUAAGAGCAAUCCUCGCGGCCCCGUGGGAGCAGGACCUCCCUAUGCCCGACGGUCUGCGUAA